AUGGACAAUAAUAAGAACUCAGGAAAUGUUGGAGAGUGUUCUCAAGAAUAGUUAGAUACAUUGCAAAAAUUUAGGCAAUUUACUGCAAUGAAAGGAUGUUCUGAAAAAGAAUAUGACGACCACUACUUAUUGAGAUUUUUAAGAGCAAGAAAAUUUGAUUUAGUCAAAACAGAAAAGAUGUUUUCUGACUUUUUGGAUUGGAGAAUAAAGAAUGAUGUUUAAAAUAUAAUGAAAUUCUCCUUCAAUGAAUUAGCUGAAGUUCGUCACCAUUACCCUCAUGGUUAUCACAAAACUGAUAAACUAGGUCGCCCAAUAUAUAUCGAAAGAAUCGGAAUGUUAAAGCUAACUCAACUAUUUUAAGUAACAACCGAAGAGCGUUUAAUAAAGUAUUAUAUCCAAUCAUACGAAAUUCUCUUAAAUCGUAUCUUUCCUACUUGUUCACAAGCUAUCGGACAUAGAGUCGAUUAAACAGUUACUAUUUUAGAUUUAAAGGGUAUUCCCAUGAAAAUGCUUUCAAAAUAAGUUUAUAAUUUUAUCUAGCUUGCCUCUAAGGUAGCCUAAGAAAACUAUCCUGAAAUUCUUGGAAGAAUGUUUAUAGUAAAUGCUCCCAUGCUAUUUUCAGGAGUCUGGGCAGUUAUAAAACCUUGGAUAGAUGAAAAAACAAGAAAUAAAAUUACAAUUAUAGGUUCAGGAUUCAAAGAAAAGCUCUUAGAAAUAAUUGAUAUUGAUAACAUUCCUGAUUUUUUGGGAGGAAAUAGCAAGUGUGAUCUAUCUAAAAAUAUUGGACCUUGGAAUCCUACUGGAGAAACUCCAUUAUUCCCAUGCGAGUACAAAGAUGGAAUGAAAUAAGAUGGUGAAGAAGAAAAAGUAGUUUAAGAUGGAGAAGAAGACGAAGAUAGUGAAGCUGAAAGAUAAGCAAUGGAAUUAGCAGCUCUUAGAGAUGCUUUAGCAGGUAAAAUUACAGGACCUUCUUCCAAAGCUCCUCAUAACCCAGAUAAAUACGAAUUAACUACUUAAGGUGCUAAAUUCUAAGUCAGUGACACUCCUUUAAAUACAUAAGCUGAGGCUGAUGAUGACAACUGA